AUGGUGAUGUUACUCAUUCAACAUAACACAUUCUUUAAUAUAUCUGAUCACCUUUGUCCACUAAUCAGUAAUGAAUUCAAGGGAAGCCAAGUCGCUCAAUCAUUUAGCUGCAGCAGAACAAAAACUGCAGCCAUUGUUAACUGCCUGGGAGAUCAUUUUUUUGAAGAGCUGAAGUCCGACAUGCAAGAAAUGCCCUACAGCCUUAUGUUGGAUGGCAGUAAUGACAAUGGUAUUCAAAAGAUGUUUCCCAUAACGGUACGAAUUUUUGACGUGAACUUCAGUAGAAUUAUGAUGAAAUUUCUAGACCUGAAUUUGCUUGAGGGACGAGAUGCCUCCACAGCUGACGUGAUGUUCGAAAGUGUCGACAAUUUUCUGUCUGAAAACGAUAUUCGAUGGGACCAUUGCAUGGCAAUCGGCCUAGACAACACUAACGUUAAUAUAGGUGAUCAUAAUUCGAUCAAGUCACGCGCUAAAGAGAAAAAUGAGGACAUUGUCAUCGCUGGCUGCCUCUGCCACAUCCUUCAUAAUGCAUCUGGUAAAGCUGCAACGACGUUCUCGGAAGUUACUGGCUUUGACGUCGAAGAUCAUUGUGUUGAUGUUUUCUACUGGUUUGACAAAUCGAGCAAGCGAAAAAGCAUUCUUAAGGAAUAUUAUGAAUUCUGUGAUACCGAGUAUGAAGGAGUUAUAAAGUUUAUUUCAACGCGUUGGUUGUGUUUGGAGCUUUGCAUCAAUCAAGAGGUAAGAAAGUACGAAGGCUUGAAAUCGUACUUCCUGUCUGAAAAUUUUCCAGAUGCACAUUUUAAACGACUCCGCCGCAGCUACACGAAUCCGAUUACUGAAAUUUACCUACUCUUUUAUCAAGCCUCGCUUCCAUGUUUUACCAACUUCAACAAGUUUCUUCAGCGAGAAGAUCCAGUUAUUUAUCAGCUAUACGAUUUACAGCAGCAUUUUAUGCACAAACUAGCAUCCAAAUUCAUCAAACCAGAAAUCAUCCAGAAACAGAAAUUGGAAAACAAAUCAUUUGCGGAUCUGGACGUCUCUCUUGAAAACCAGAAAGAUGAUAUGAGUUUGGGAAUUGGUCCACUUACACGGCACACACUUAAACGCCUGUUGGAAGAAGGGGAAAUUGAUCAAACCGAAGUCGAUCAGUUCUUUGACGCAGUACAAGCCUUCUUUGUUAAAGCCUACAAAUACUGUGUUCAGUGGCUUCCACUUGACGAUCUGUUUAUGAAGCAUUGUAUAUUUGUCGAUUUCAAAAGGCGAACUGAAGUUUCCUUUGCCCACAUUGAACAGACAAUCACACACUUUAAACGAAUCCACGAAACGUUAAUGUCAGAUCCGUCAAUAUUAAAUGCAGUUGAAGACGAAUUCAUCGACUACCAGGCAAUGAAUGAGAAUGAUAUACCCCAAACGAUUUGGGAAGCAGCAGUUGUAGGAGAUAUCCGAGAUAAUCAGCAUCGCAUGGAUAUCAUCUGGGGCUAUCUAAAACCUAAAUUUCCUGCUCUUACAGAGAUUGCUUUGUCAGUUCUUGUCAUUCCUCACAGCAAUGCUGGUGAAGAGAGGGUGUUCUCCACUAUUCGAAAGAACAAAACUGACUUUCGCUCGCAGCUUCAGUUGGGAGGGUCAUUGAAUGCCAUAAUGCGUGUAAAAAUGGCUGUUCCUGAGCAGUUGAUGGCAUGUUACACCUGGGAACCUUCAAAAGAAUUAUUGAAGAAAUGCAAAUCGGCAACGCGUGAAUAUAACGAGAAGCAUAGUUCAAAGAACAAAUAG